CAUUCUCAUCCUUCCAGCUUUCAUCAAUUACCAAACCUCACUUCCCUUCUUCCCUCGCAUAUCUCUUCAGAAAUGGCUUGUUCUACAACUGUAUCAGUAAUGCUUCUUCUUCCCCUUGUUAUUAGUUCUCUCAUGGUUGUUGCCCUUGCUGGUAAUUUGAACCAAGAGUUUGAUAUCACUUGGGGAGAUGGUCGAGGCAAGAUGCUCAACAAUGGUGAGCUUCUCACUCUCUCGCUGGACAAAGCAUCAGGCUCUGGUUUUCAAUCCAAGAAUGAGUAUCUCUUUGGCAAGAUCGACAUGCAGCUCAAGCUCGUCCCUGGAAACUCUGCUGGCACUGUCACUGCCUAUUAUUUGUCUUCAAAGGGAUCAAACUGGGAUGAAAUUGACUAUGAAUUUCUGGGAAACCUCAGUGGUGAUCCAUAUGUCCUUCACACCAACGUGUUCAGCCAAGGCAAAGGAAACAGAGAGCAGCAGUUCUAUCUCUGGUUUGAUCCAACCGCAGAUUUCCACACUUACUCUAUCCUCUGGAACGCCCAAAGAAUCAUAUUCUCAGUGGAUGGAACUCCUAUCAGAGAGUUCAAGAACUCAGAGUCCAUUGGUGUCCCAUUCCCGAAGAACCAGCCAAUGAGGAUAUACUCAAGCUUGUGGAAUGCAGAUGACUGGGCAACAAGAGGUGGCCUUGUGAAGACGGACUGGACUCAUGCUCCCUUCACUGCUUCCUACAGAAACUUCAAAGCUGAUGCUUGCGUCUGGUCUUCUGGCAAAUCAUCUUGUGCUUCCACUUCAACUUCAUCCACUAGUUCUUCAUGGGUCUCACAAGAACUUGACACUGCUUCGCAAGACAGACUGAGAUGGGUACAGAAAAACUACAUGAUCUACAAUUACUGCGCAGAUGUUAAGAGGUUCCCUCAAGGUCUGCCUCCAGAAUGCAAAACUUCAUAAUUAAGACAGAGCAGCAAUCCAAUCAUUCCAUUUAUUAUUUUCAGUGUAGUUAGGGGAUGAUUUAAAACUUUAGGUUUCAAUUCUUUCAUUCUUUUCCAUUUUUGUGAUCACUAUGAUAGGAUGAUGACAUGUAUGGUUAUUCUUUUUGAUGUAAAAUAACAUAUCCAUUUGGGGAAAAAAAAAAUGAUGGUCUUCUCUGUGAC